UCCCAGCAGCUCUUCAAUCUCCACUCAGAGCCGACGACCAGCCGACCCUCAGCCAUGACCUCCUUCUCCAGCCGCAGCAGCCUCAUGUCCUCCUCCUCCUCCUCCUCCUCCCGCCGGGUCGGCAGCAUGGGAGCCGGCAGCGUGUACGGAGGAGCCGGAGGGACGGGAAUCCGUGUCUCCAAGGCCUCCUUCUCCUCCUCCUCCUCCUCCACCGGUGCUGGUGCCGGUGCCAGCUUCAACAUGGCCGGCGCCGUCGACAUCUCCGACAACAAGAAAGUGGCCAUGCAGAACCUCAACGACCGCCUGGCGUCCUACCUGGACAAGGUGCGCAGCCUGGAGAGGGCAAACGCCGACCUGGAGCUGAAGAUCAGACAGUUCCUGGAGAACAAGACCAAACCUGAGGGCCAUGACUGGACCGCGUACUACGUCCGCAUCAAAGAACUGCAGGACCAGAUCAACUUCGCAACUCGUGGAAACUCUGCCCUUGUCCUCACAAUUGACAAUGCCCAGCUGGCUACCGACGACUUUAAAGUCAAGUAUGAGCACGAGCUGGCAUUGCAUCAGUCAGUGGAAGGCGACAUUGCCGGGCUGAAGAAGCUUCUGCAGGAGCUGAACCUGAGCAUUAGGAACCUGGAGAUUCAGGUGGAGGGUCUGAAAGACGAGCUGAUCCAGCUGAAGAUGAACCAUGAGGAGGACCUGCUGGCCCUGCGAGCCCAGGUGGGAGGCCAGGUGAACGUGGAGAUGGACGCAGCUCCGCAGCAGGACUUGUCCGCCAUCAUGGCUGGAAUCAGAGAACACUACGAGACCGUCGCCAAAAAGAACCGCCAAGAGCUGGAGGUCUGGUUCCAGACCAAGUCGGUCGAGCUAAACAAAGAGGUGGCUGUGAGCACCGAGACUCUGCAGACGACAAAGACUGAGAUCUCAGAGCUUCGAAUGACUCUUCAGACUUUGGAGAUCAAACUGCAGUCUGAGACCAGUAAGAAAGGAGCUGUGGAGGCGAAUCUGGCUGAGACCCACAGCCGCUACACCAACAUGCUGACAGCUUACCAGAGGCAGGUGGAGGGUCUGGAGGAGCAGCUGUCCCACCUCAGGGCCGAUCUGGGUAACCAGAGGGCCAUGUACGCUGAGCUGCUGGACAUCAAGACCAGACUGGAGAUGGAGAUCGCCGAGUACAGGAGGCUGCUGGACGGAGAGGGUGGCGGCGGCGGUGGCGUCUCGUCCUCCUUUAGCUACAGCGUGUCCGGCGCCAACGACAGCGUCAUCGGCAACGAGAAGUUCACCAUGCAGAACCUCAACGACCGCCUGGCCACCUACCUGGCCAAGGUGCGCUCCCUGGAGAAGGCCAACGCCGAGCUGGAGCUCAAGAUCAGGCAGUUCCUGGACAGCAAGGUCGGCCCGUCCGCCAGAGACUACAGCGCCCACUACGUCACCAUCUCGGACAUCACCGCCAAGAUUCAGGCGGCAGUCAAGGCGAACGGAGCGAUCCAUCUCAGCAUCGACAACGCCCGGCUGGCUGCAGACGACUUCAGGGGCAAGUAUGAGAACGAGCUGGCCAUGCGUCAGUCGGUGGAGGCCGACAUCGCCGGGCUGAAGAGAGUCCUGGACGAGCUGAAACUGGCUAAGAACGACCUGACCAUGCAGAUCGAGGGUCUGAAGGAGGAACUCAUCUUCCUCAAGAAGAACCACGAGGAGGAGCUGCUGGCGAUGCGAGCGCAGAUGAGUGGUCAGGUCCACGUGGAGGUGGACGCCGCUCCGGGACAGGACCUCAACAAGAUGAUGGCUGAGAUCAGAGAGUACUACGAGGGCAUCACUGCCAAGAACCACAAGGAGCUGGAGGCCUGGUUCAAGACCAAGUCUGAGACACUGAACACAGAGGUGACCACGACAACGACCACGCUGCACACGACCCGGUCGGAGGUCACGGAGAUCAAGCGGACGCUGCAGUCCCUGCAGAUCGAGCUGCAGUCCAUGCUGGGCAUGAAAGCGUCGCUGGAGGGAACUCUGGCCGAGACACAGAACCGCUACGCCAUGCAGCUCUCUGGAUACCAGAUGCAGGUGAGCGGUCUGGAGGAGCAGCUGGCCCACCUCAGGGCUGACCUGGAGAGACAGGGACAGGAGUAUAAGAUGCUGCUGGACAUCAAGACCAGACUAGAGAUGGAGAUCGCCGAGUACAGGAGGCUGCUGGACGGAGAGGGCGGUGGCGGCGGCGGCGGCAGCGAAGCCAUAGCCAGCUCCACCGCCACCACCGCCAAACAUGGACAUGAAGGAGCCACCGGAGGAGAUUCUGACGCCAGAGCCUCCAGAUCCUCCGUACAUGGAUCGGCUGCUGCUGCGCAUGUAGCCACCGCCCCCACCGCCGCUGAUGGACUGAGAGUAGGACAUGUUGUGUUUCUGUUUGGCGUUGAAGAGUGAAAGCUGUCUAUCUGCUUCAGAUACUCGGGAGGGAGAGAGUGGAGAAACUCCGAGAGAGCGGCUGAUGUUUUAUACUGUUGUGUGAGUUUUGUGAAGAGGCGGAGAGAACGGAUGGCAAGCACU